GUAGUUUCACUUCAAGGGAGGUUACUGUCAACAAACAAUUAUGGCACUGACAUAUCUCCUGAAAUGUCAACGUGCACCUUUUACUUCCAUUGACUUUUGCCUAAUUAAAAAUCAAUGUUACUUGGGUAAAACAUUCAGAUGCAUAUCAACGAGUCAUUUUGCUCAGAAUCAUGCAAAAUGCUCGAGCUGUCAUUGGGUAAAUCAAAAGAAAAAUGUCAAUGGACAGAGACAGUCAUUGUUCUUGAACAGGGUGCCGCCCCAUCAUGUCUUCACAAGGACCUGUCUCAACCCACCAUCAUCCAACCAUGCCCCUACAGGUCUCAAAGGGGUCCCCCACAAAGUGGGAGAUAGUGAGAUCAUUAAGACCAUGCUCCACUACCUGUGGCCGGCAGACAAGCCUGAGACCCGUAGGAGGGUGGUGUUGGCACUGGGUUUGCUCAUAUCAUCUAAGGCUGUCACAGUGUCUGUCCCAUUUAUCUUCAAACAUGCAGUGGACUUCCUCAAUGAUUCUGAGAACUGGUUGAAUCUUGAUAACCCAGCCUCAACCAUCAUCACAUCAGCCACAGCCAUUCUCAUUGCCUAUGGCAUUGGCCGCACUACAGCCAAUGCUUUCAACGAGUUGAAGAAUGCAGUUAUCGCUAAGGUCUCCCAGGACUCCAUGCGACGAGUGGCCAAGAGCGUGUUCCAGCACUUGCAUAACCUUGACCUAUCCUUCCAUCUCUCUAGACAAACUGGGGCCCUCUCAAAAGCUAUUGACAGGGGAAACAGGGGAAUAGAUUAUGUGUUGAGGUCAGUUGUGUUCAGUGUGGUACCAACCAUUCUAGAGGUGCUCAUGGUAACAGGCCUCCUGUGGUACAAGUGUGGCGCGGAGUUUGCAGAGGUCACAAUGGGCUGCAUCACAACCUACACCAUCUUCACCUUGGUUGUCACCCAAUGGAGGACAAAGAUUCGAGUGCAGAUGAACCAGGCUGAAGGAGAGGCAGGCAACAAGGCUAUAGACUCCCUCAUCAACUAUGAAACAGUCAAGUACUUCAAUAAUGAGAAGUAUGAGGCAGAGAGGUACGACAAAAUACUGGGUGUGUAUGAGCAGAAGUCUGUGAAAACCUUGACCAGUCUCGCCUGGCUGAACUGGGGUCAGAACUUCAUCUUCAGUGCAGGCCUCACUGCCAUCAUGGUCUUGGCUAGUCAGGGCAUCAUGGCAGGUACAAUGACAGUGGGGGAUCUGGUGAUGGUUAACGGGCUGCUGUUUCAGCUCUCCAUUCCCCUCAAUUUCAUUGGCUCACUGUAUCGGGAAGUGCGUCAGAGCUUGAUCGACAUGUCCACCAUGUUUGACCUUCUGAAGAUCAAGACAAAUAUUCCAAUCAAGCCAGAUGCCCAGAGUCUCCAGAUUGCCCCUUACAAGUCCACCAUUGUGUUCGAGAAUGUCAGUUUUGAGUACGUGAAGGGACAGAAGAUCCUGAACAAUCUCUCCUUCUCAGUCCCCUCCGGAAAGAAGGUGGCAAUUGUGGGCGGCAGUGGAUCCGGGAAGUCCACCAUUGUGAGACUCCUGUUCCGUUUCUAUGACCCACUGACCGGUAGAGUGCUCAUCAACAACCAGGAUGUACAGAGCGUGAACCUGGACAGUGUCAGGAAGGCAAUAGGUGUUGUGCCACAGGACUGUGUGCUGUUCCACGACACAGUCCACAACAAUAUCCUCUAUGGGGACCUCCUGAAGUCAAAAGAAGACGUCAUUAAUGCGGCCAAAAUGGCUGAAAUCCACAACACAAUCAUCACUCGAUUUCCCCAGCAGUAUGAGACUCAGGUUGGGGAGAGAGGACUAAAGCUGUCUGGUGGUGAAAAGCAAAGAGUUGCCAUUGCCCGUGCUAUAAUGAAAGAUCCGCCCAUAUUUGUGUAUGAUGAAGCUACCUCCUCCUUAGAUACAAUAACAGAACAGAACAUAUUGAAUGCUCUUCGAAGUGUGACCAAAGGUAGGACCACCCUUGUGAUAGCUCAUCGCCUUUCAACAGUUGUUGAUGCUGAUGAGAUCAUCGUGUUGGAAUGUGGGACAGUGGCAGAAAGAGGCACCCAUUUGGAACUCUUGGAGAAACCAGACAGCAUUUACAAAAAUUUAUGGGAAAAACAGCGUUAUGUUAAUGCCAAAAAUGAUAUCGCAAUUAAUAUUAAGUAAUUAUAUUACCAUGAAUAUUAAGUUAUGAUUUUAGACCAAUUUGUUUUCUCACAUAAUCUAAAUUGUUCGGCUGGGAAAAAAAAUCAAAUUUGUUGUAAUCCUCUGCCAAUGGCGGAGGGCUAUAGAAUUGGUAUUGUCGGUCAGUCUGUCUGUCAUUUUGUCCAUCAGUCUGUCACACAUUUUUUAUGGUUAAAUCUCUGAACCUAUAAAGGUAAAGGUAAAAGAUAAAGGCAUGCUUUUAUAGUCUGAUUACUCACUAUGAUUAAAUCGACUUUGACAUUUACCCCCUGAUCACUGGAAUUUAAGUCGUCCGUUUACAUAUGGCGCCAAAGGCAGCCACAGCACAUUGACUUAUUUUCCUCACAGGUACCCAUUUAUACACCUGGGUGGAGAGGAGCAAGCGUGGGAUUAAUUUUUUGCUCAGAAAAAUCCAGUGCCCUGAGCGGGAUUCGAACCAGGGACCUUCCGAUCCCUAUACCAGCAUCCUACCACUAGACCACUGUCCCCACAAAGUAUACAAGUAGUCAUAUAUAUGUCAAUAUGGAGAAGUGCUAUGCACAAGAACCAUAAGCAUUCGCUUUUGCCCAUUGUUAUAUCUUUCAUAUGACUUAGUUCAUUAACAUAAUGGAUAACUUAAUUUACACAUUUAUAAUUAAGGAAUAUAUUUUUCCUUUUACAAUUAAACAGAAUUAAAGUUAAGAAGAACUUAACAAAAUACUUUAGUGUUUAUGAGAAGUUAAAGGGACCUAUUAUUUUCUAAUACAUGUAGUUUAAUCGCAAAGAUUAAGGCAGAUUUCAUUCUUUCAAAUCACAUUGAUAGAAAUUGAUAUUUAUUCAAGCUCAUCAUGGCUGAUGCUUUAAAGUUACAAGUGAUGACAUUGGAUUGAAAUUAAAAAAGUAAGAUAUGUGAAUAUUUUCCUCUAAAGGUGAAUCCAGCCGCUCAACUCUCCUCAUGCUCAUUUGCAUUAACAAUAAGUUAGUAAUCUUUAUGAGGGAAUAUUUUGAUAUUGCAUUGAUUGUAUUGUAAAGCAAUAAAAAAUAUAUUAUGUA